AUGGCCCCCAAUAGGAAGAAACUUUUUAAUCGACAUAUUGCGAAUAUUGAAGACGAACUUAUUGACUUGCUUGGUCCAUCUGUUAAGAAGUUGGAAAAAUUUGUCAAUGAUGAUGAGAAUGAACAACUAGAAGCAGAAGAAAAAGAAAUUCAUGAGAACUGGAUGAUUUUAGCAGAAAUGGGCCCGAAUGCAAUUGUAGAUAAUUCUUCUGAUCUUGGCUUAAGAAAUAUUGACCGGAAUUAUAACUGGACUAAAGAUGUAAAGCAACAUUAUCCAAAUCUUAAUCUUGCCGAUGUGGACACAUUUGUGUGGCAAGCUUGUAAUGAAGCUAAUAGUACUAAAACUUUAGAUGCCAAUACCAUAGAUUACCAAACCUUAAAUGAAAUUCAAAUGAAGAUAUUUAAGCGAUUUGAGUUCCAUUAUAAUAGCAUUAUUAUAGAUAGUAAUACUAUACCCUUAAGAGUCAUAAUUAUGGGAACAGCAGGGACAGGUAAGUCAUACUUGAUUAAUGCAAUUCAGCAAAGACUUCAAGAGAUAGCAAAGAGAAAUAGAAUAGAUAGCUCCCCUGUAAUCGUGCUUGCACCAACUGGAGUUGCAGCAUUCAAUAUUCAUGGAACAACUAUCCAUUCAGCACUUUCUCUUCCAGUAAAUUGCAAUAAUUUUGAUAUAAAUGGUGAAUGUUUAAAGCAGCUACAAAAAAAAUUAAAUGGUGUGAAAUAUAUAAUAAUCGAUGAGAAAAGUAUGGUUAGACACCGCAUGCUUACAUUAAUUGACAUGCGGUUACGUCAAGCCUUUCCUGAAAAUCAGAAUCAACCAUUUGGUAGUCAAUUGGUCAUAUUAGUUGGUGAUUUUGGUCAGCUCCCACCAGUGCUUGAUAAACCUAUGUAUGCACAAGACCAUUGCCAUGACCUAUUGUCAAACGAUGGUAUUGCAUCAUAUAGGCAGUUUCAGGAGGUUUACCAACUUGACAUUGUUCAAUGUCAGGCUGGUGAUUCAGAGGAACAGUGCCGCUUUAGAAACAUUUUACUACAGUUGCGUGAUGGUGACUCUACUAUUGAGGAUUGGAAUAUGCUUAGCAUACACUUUAAAGGUUCACCAAGUGUAUUGCCAAUGGAUAUUGAACAGUUUUCUAAUAUUACUUGUAUUCUGCCUCUAAAGAGUGAAGUUAAUGAAAUUAAUAUUAACAAGUUAAGAUUAUUAAAUAAUCCCAUCACCAGGAUACAUGCUGUUCAUACUGGUGGUAUUGAAGCAUUCAAGGCUGAUUUGGAUGUUGCAAAAGGUCUUAAAUCACAAAUUUUAUUAGCUAGAGGUGCUCGUGUUAUGCUUAGAGCAAACUUGUGUGUAGAAUUAGGGUUAGUCAACGGUGCAAUAGGAACAGUUCACAAUAUACUGUUUGAAAAAGAUCAGGGCCUGCCUUCACUUCCUGUUGCAGUUUUUGUAGAAUUUGAUGAUUACAAUGGUUCUGCAUUUGUAUCCACAGCAGGAACAUGCUCACGUUUACAGAUUCCCCUCAACCUUGCCUGGGCUAUCACAGUACAUAAGGGCCAAGGACUUACUCUGGCAAAUGCUAUGAUUAAUCUUGGAAAAAAAGAAUUUGCCUCUGGUCUUUCCUUUGUGGCUAUAUCUCGAGUCUAUACUCUAAAUAAUAUUCUUUUUGAUCCUUUUUCAUUUGAAAGGCUUCAAAGAAUUAAACAAUGUAAGAGAAUACAAGAGCGAAAAGAUGAAGAAAGACGAUUAAUCUCUAUGAUAACUUAA